AUGCCGCUUGCACGAACGAAAGCAUCCAGCUCAGGCCUCGGAAAGGCGCUGAUCAACCGGAAAGCCAAGGAAGCUGUAGCGCCGAAGGAGAGCGGACUGUACUCGCUGGAUGAGUCGAACCCGCUGCAGUCGGUCACCCACGAGCGAGACCUGGAUGAAUUCCUCGCCAAUGCUGCAUUGGCAGAUGCAGACUUCACGACGGAAAGAUCAAAAUUGCGGAUUAUCGCCGGUCCUGGAGUGUCCACAAGCGGCGAGAACCCAUUCUUGCUGAAUGAGCAAGAGGAGAAGGUGGUCAAGGCGAAGCAGCGGGACUUGCGGAGUGAAUUGAGGGUGCCCAGAAGACCCGCAUGGACGAGACAUACCACCCGGCAAGAAUUGGAGAAGCAGGAGCGAGAAUCUUUCCUCGACUGGCGGCGGAGCCUAGCAGCACUAGGCGAAGACUCCAGCCUCCUCAUGACACCUUUCGAGCGCAACAUCCAACUCUGGCGACAACUCUGGCGUGUCCUCGAGCGGUCUCACUUGGUCGUGCAGAUCGUGGACGCCCGGAAUCCGCUCGGCUUCCGCUGUGUCGAUCUUGAGGCGUACGUUGAGGAGAUUGGGGAUGAUAGUGCGGAAGCGGCGGUGCCAGGGAAGGGAAAGCGGAGGAGUUUGUUGUUGAUCAAUAAGGCGGAUCUGUUGACUGUUGAGCAGAGAGGAGUAUGGGCGGACUACUUUGAACGUCAUCGCAUCACCUACGCUUUCUUCUCGGCUACAAACGCUGCUGCUGCUCUCGAGCAGGCGGAUAAGCAGAGACGGAGGGCUGAGGGGGACUAUGAGGAGGAGGAGAGCGAUGAGGAGGAAGGAGAUGCCGCGGAGCAAUCAGACGAUGAGGAGGUGUCGGGAGAAGAAGUCGAGCCGGAAUCCGACGACAACGAGGACAUUGCUGCGAAGGUGGACAAGCUGGAUAUUGGGGACGAUGAAGAAGGAUGGUCAACCGAAGGAGAAGAUACGGAGGAUGCAGAGCUGGCAGGAGAGGUGGAGAAAAAGUUGACCGAGGGGCAGACAGUACCGCUGCAGGAAGUCGCACGGGAGGUGGCGGAGACGGCAGCGGAGGGCGACGAGCACCCUCGGACAAGGGUAUUGAGCGUGACGGAGCUGGAGGACUUGUUCAUCGGUUCUGCACCCCCUCUCAGCGAAUUCGCCACGCAACGCGAUCCUACCCCUACCAAACUUGUCGUCGGACUCGUCGGGUACCCCAACGUCGGUAAAUCAUCCACUAUCAACGCCCUCCUCGGCUCCAAAAAGGUCUCGGUCUCCUCCACUCCCGGAAAGACCAAGCACUUCCAGACUCUCGUCCUCUCGGACGAAAUCACUCUCUGCGAUUGUCCCGGUCUGGUCUUCCCUCAGUUCGCCAAUACCCAGGCGGAUAUGGUGGUGGACGGAGUGCUUCCCAUCGAUCAGAUGAAGGAGUACUCUGCGCCGGUAGAUCUGCUCUGUCGGCGGAUACCGAGGGAGAUUAUCGAGGGGACGUACGGAAUCAGGAUUGAUGUGGUCGGCGUGGAAGAAGGCGGGACGGGGAAGAUGGGCUGGGAAGAGAUGCUUUCGGCAUAUGCCAUCGCAAGAGGUAUGACCCGUGCAUCGUUCGGUAUGCCCGAUACAUCCCGCGCGGCCCGCCAUAUCCUCAAAGACUACGUCAACGCCCGUCUCCUCUUCGCCCACCCUCCGCCCAACAUGACAGCCGACGACUACAUGCGGACCAGUCGGGAAGAAACCCUCGACCGCCUGGAAGAGGAGUUCCGGAAUGGCCGGAAGCGCGCCCCUGCCACGCACGUCACCAAGAACGCCGAUACUUUUGUGGCGCCUGCCCGUCGUGCACCCGCAGCUGGCGCUGAAGAGGAUGACGAUGCAGAGUCGACCGUUCCGGAAUCGGAGAAUCAGGUGGAAGAAGCGCCCACUCCGUUCGGCCUGCGUGAUCGCCAAGCAACCUCCCGCCAGAUCAAGGCCAACGCUGCCUCGGCGCCCACGCGGACAGGCAAGCAAAAAGCCGCGGCGCUCGACGACUACUACUUUACCGAGUCGGGACCGGCUCCUCGUCCAGUCAUCAGCGGUAGAAGGCAGGCGCCGAUGGAGCAGGAAGAGGGACUCGGGUACUCUAGGCAGAAGGUGUACCCGCACCAACGGCGAUUGGGCCCUGAUGGACAGCCGUUGCUCCAGCCGCCAGAGGGGCCGAGGAGCGGUGUAGGGAGUAACAAGAAGCACUUCAAGGUGAAGGAGGGGAAGAAGCGGAGUGGGAGGGGGUAUGAUUAG